CUAAUGCUUCACCCACUCCCCCAAAAGACUCCUCCAGAGUCCAAAUGACACCCAACAUCACACUCCCAAAACCCCCACAAAACCCUCUGAACCAACACAGCUUUGAACAAAACUACAGGCACGUUUGCAACCUCCUCCUCUCCCUAACGCACUCCAGGUCCCUCCCAAAGGGCCUUCAACUCCACGCUUACAUCAUCAAAUCAGGCCUCCAAGCCAUCCCUCUCCUAUACCACCACCUCAUCAACUUCUAUUCCAAGUCCCAACUCCCCCUCCUUGCCCGCCAAGUUUUCGACGACGCCCCACGUAAGUCGUCCACCACUUGGAGCUCCGUUAUCUCAUCCUUUGCGCAGAAUGAGCUUCCGUUACUUGCCCUCGACUUCUUUCGGCGAAUGCUGGGUACUGAGGUUCGACCCGACGACCAUAUUUUACCGAGCGCGACCAAGUCGUGCGCGAUUUUGUCGAGAUGCGAUGUUGGGCAGUCUGUGCAUUGCCUUGCUGUGAAGACUGGUUAUGAAUUUGAUGUGUUUGUGGGGAGCUCAAUGGUUGACAUGUAUGCCAAGUGCGGAGAAAUUGGAUAUGCUCGGAAGAUGUUUGAUGAAAUGCCUGAGAAGAAUGUGGUUUCCUGGAGUGGGAUGAUAUAUGGGUAUUCUCAGUUGGGUGUGGAUGAGGAGGCUUUGAGAUUGUUUAAGCAAGCUUUGUUUGAAAAUUUGGAUGUCAAUGAUUUUACAUUUUCGAGUGUUAUACGGGUUUGUGGCAAUUUGACGCUACUGGAAUUGGGGAGGCAAAUUCAUGGGUUGUGCUUUAAGACAUGCUUUGAUAAGUCGGCCUUUGUAGGUAGUUCAUUGGUUUCGUUGUACUCUAAGUGUGGAGUCAUCGAGGGAGCUUAUUUGGUAUAUGGCGAGAUCCCCGUUAGGAAUCUUGGUUUCUGGAAUGCAAUGCUAAUAGCUUGUGCUCAGCAUGUGCACACAGAUAGAGCUUUUGAGCUGUUUAAAGAGAUGGAAGGUUUAGGGAUGAAGCCAAAUUUCAUCACUUUUUUGUGUAUGCUUUAUGCUUGUAGCCAUGCGGGGUUAGUUGAAAAGGGCCAAUUUUACUUUGAGCGAAUGAAGGAGUAUGGAAUCGAGCCAGGUGAUCAGCAUUAUACUUCCAUGGUGGACUUGCUUGGCCGUGCUGGAAAAUUGCAGGAUGCAGUUUCGAUUAUUAAGGAAAUGUCCAUGGAGCCAACAGAAUCUGUAUGGGGAGCUUUAUUGACCGGGUGUAGAAUCCAUGGGGAUACUGAAUUGGCAGCCUUUGCCGCUGAUAAAGUCUUUGAGUUGGGUCCUGUGAGCCCAGGCAUACACGUGCUACUGUCUAAUGCUUACGCUGCUGCUGGAAGAUAUGAGGACGCAGCCAAAGCCAGGAAGAUGCUAAGGGACCGCGGGAAGAAGAAGGAAACAGGUUUGAGCUGGGUUGAGGAAGGAAACAGAGUUCACACAUUUGCUUCUGGGGAUAGAUCUAAUGUGAAAACUAAAGAGAUUUAUCAGAAGUUGGAAGAACUAGGGGAGGAAAUGGAGAGAGCUGGUUAUGUUCCAGACACAAGUUUUGUGCUUCGAGAAGUGGAUGGUGAAGAGAAAAAACGGGCAAUUUGGGAUCACAGUGAAAGACUAGCCAUUGCAUUUGGGCUCAUUACCUUUCCGCCUCAAAGGCCAAUCAGGGUUAUGAAGAACUUGCGUGUUUGUGGUGAUUGUCAUACCGCAAUCAAGUUUAUGUCAAAGUGCACUGGACGAGUGAUCAUUGUGAGGGAUAAUAACCGGUUCCAUAGAUUUGAGGAUGGUAAAUGCACUUGUGGAGAUUAUUGGUUGAUUGCAGGAUUCGACUAUCUGGGACGAUAUUUGAUUCCAUAUACUGGAGGUGUAAGGGCCAUUCGGGUCGUGAUGGCCUUGGAGGCCGUUUCAUGUGGGUGGAAAAGCUUGGGAAAGAUGCCCCUCUUUCUGUUCUUCAAAGACACAAGGAAUGUAUUCAGAAACGAUGAGCUGGGCAAGGAAAUAAUGCAGAUUGCCCUCCCAUCAGCGCUGGCUUUAACAGCAGACCCUAUUGCUUCUCUAAUAGACACAGCAUUCAUUGGCCAUAUAGGUCCUGUGGAGCUUGCUGCUGUCGGAGUUUCUAUUGCUGUUUUCAAUCAAGUAUCAAAGGUAGCAAUAUUCCCACUUGUCAGUGUCACAACCUCUUUUGUAGCUGAGGAAGAUGCUACUGAAAGAUUAAAUACUGAAGCAGAUGACAAUGAAAUUGGAGCAGAUCACAAUGGAGUAAUCAACAAGGGUUAUGCUCUACUCAAUCAGGAGAUUGAAAUGGCAGAGCAGUUACCACUAGUUGAGUCUAUGCACAAGUCGUACAGGAAAACAAAUGACAGAAGGCAUAAUCCAUCAGCUUCAACAGCAUUGGUUAUUGCUAGCCUGCUUGGGCUCAUACAAGCUUUGUUCCUCAUAUUUUCCGCUAAACCACUACUGAACUACAUGGGUAUAGAUUCUAAUUCUCCCAUGCUAAAACCAGCCCAACAAUACCUGACAUUGAGGUCUCUUGGUGCUCCAGCGGUUCUUCUCUCUCUGGCUAUGCAAGGGGUUUUUAGAGGAUUUAAGGACACAAAAACUCCUUUGUAUGCUACCAUGGUGGGAGAUGUAGCAAACAUCAUUCUAGACCCGAUAUUUAUUUUCAUGCUCCGAAUGGGGGUUAGUGGAGCGGCCAUUGCCCAUGUUAUUUCUCAGUACUUAAUCGCCCUGAUUCUCUUGUGGAGAUUAAUGAAAGAAGUCGAUCUCUUACCUCCAACUAUCAACGAUCUACAAUUUGGCCGGUUUCUUAGAAAUGGAUUUAUGUUAUUGGUGAGGGUCAUAGCUGUAACAUUCUGUGUGACCCUAGCAGCAUCAUUGGCUGCAAGGCAGGGAACAACAUCAAUGGCUGCAUUUCAGGUUUGCCUACAGAUUUGGCUGGCAACCUCUUUGCUUGCUGAUGGGUUGGCUGUUGCUGGACAAGCAAUCCUUGCAAGUUCAUUUGCAAAGAAGGAUUACGACAAGGUCAAGGCCACUGCUUCUCGUGUACUGCAGUUGGGCUUGGUUCUGGGGCUAGUGCUCUCAGUCAUCCUUGUAGUUGUAUUACAAUUUGCGUCCAGAUUAUUUACAAAGGACAUCAAUGUUCUGCAACUCAUAGGUCUAAGCAUCCCGUUUGUUGCAGUGACUCAACCUAUCAAUGCUUUGGCAUUUGUUUUUGAUGGAAUCAACUAUGGAGCUUCAGAUUUUGCAUAUUCUGCGUACUCAAUGGUUUUGGUGGCAUUGGUGAGUAUAGCCUGCUUAUUUAUGCUAUCCUCAAGUCAAGGCUUUAUUGGUCUCUGGAUUGCUUUGUCUAUCUAUAUGACUUUGCGCGCAUUUGCUGGCUUUUGGAGGAUAGGGACUGGAACGGGGCCUUGGAGAUUUUUAAGGGGCUAAUUGCUGCCUAAAAAUGUUUGUACAGUAUUUAUUUGUUUUCCCUCUUCCAAAUAUUGGUGCCCUGUCUUUCUUCUAAGGUCAACAGGAAAAGAUGAACAAUUGUUAAGGGAUGGCACAUGUAUCAGCAUUUCUGUGACCCUGUGUUAUUUCCUACCUUGACGGGGACAAAUGCAAUUCUCUCUCUCAUUCAUGGAAAA